CGUUGUAUAAACAAUAAGAAGAUAGAAUGAUGGAUAAAGUUGAUGUAUGCCUUUAUGCUUAACACCUACCUGACGUUCAAGUAACGGUAGUACUCAUUAGAGUCGUCCCUGCUUGCCAACACGCUUUGAAACCGGCAUGGCAUGGUAUAGGACACUCGUGUUACAGCAUCUAAACCAUAGUCGACGGCGCAUAAUGCAUAGCGUUUAGCCCUGUUGGAAACUUAUAGCACGGCACGUGGUGCAACUCCACGGCAGCACCCAACCCCCUAAGAUGCUGCUGGCAAUCUUACGCCUGUCAGUCGCGUUACUUACAAGCGGUCUUUGUGCACAAGCUCGUCUACAUCUAAGUCGGGGCCUUCUUGGUGGACAGUCCUCAACGACCGUUCAGGGGGAUGUCACCGUAAACACGAGCUGCAUACAAAGUUUUCUAAAUCCAUUGACUACGAGAUGCGGGGCAGCAAUGGACGUUUCCCAGCUUCGUGUGGCCACCUCCGCGAUGUUUCAUUCUUGUGUGCAGUUUGGUGGUGACCUGACCGUACGGCGACUUAGGGUGUUGGCGGGUACAGCGCGGCUCUAUCCUGAGCUUCAGCGGCUCGGUUCGGCGUUUACUUCUGCCAGUGGGAUACCUAUGUACCUCAAUCGUAGCAGCCUUGCAGGGGCCAAGGAUGCAGACGUCUGGACUGCCAUCUCCCAACCGCCCCCAGUUGUCGAUACUGAGGACGUCAGCGGCGGCGUGGAUGUGGUUAUAAGCUCACCCUCUGUCAUGCACCUCAUGGAUAAGGCUGGCAAGUUGCUGGAUUUGAGUCCGCUGGUCACCAACGACCCCCAGCUGCAGUGGUUCCUCAUCAACAGCGGCCUCAGGGAGCAGAUGGUCGUGUACGGCAAUAAGGUAGCCGGUAUCCCUGUGACCAGUGCACCCACCUUCCUCUUCUAUCACGCGCCUACCUUCGCCCGUGACGGCCUGGAGGUACCUGUGACGUGGGACCAAGUGCUGGCGCUUGCGGAGGCAUACAACGGGAAAGACAUCGACGGAGACGGGCAGCCGGACUUUGGCAUAUGCAUGACACCGGCCAAUUGCCAUAUGGACGGAGCCCUGCUGCUGUGGGUCUUCGCCAGCUACGUGCAGACCCAUGGGUCAUCCCAGGGUUCCUUGCUAGACCCGCUUACUGGGGCCCAGCUGGCCGACAGCAGCGCCAUGGCAGCCGCUCUGGAGGUGAUGCGCAGGAUGCGCAAGGCGGGGCCGCUGACGGGUAACUGCUCAGUGUUUGAAGACCCGUUGUUCCUGGAAGGCCGCUGCCUGCUGUCGCUCACCUCCCCCAUCACCUUCAAGGCUGCGUAUGCUCCGGACGCGCCCGCCGUGUAUGCAAGCAUGCGGGGAGCCAUGGGCAUUGCGGCAUUCCCAGGGUCAACAAAGGUGCUCGACAGAGCCAGUGGCAGCUUGGUGGCCUGCGACAAAAGCACAUGCCCAUUGGCGACCGUAUGGACACGUGACCAGAACGGCGUCCUGCUUCCUGUCAACCAACCCGCCCCGUCCACCAACGUCAUCGCAAUGGUCAAUGCGCAGUCGCCCGUUCAAUACCAGUACUACGCGUACGCGUUUCUCAGCUACCUGACGAGUUCGAAGGUGCUGGGCACGGACGGUGCUGCGCUGCUGCUGAGCCCCAAGCUGGAUGUUGCCCCAAUGAGGUCCACCGACCUCACAGAGGAGGCAGCGACCCGCUGGGUCGCUGCCGGCUACCACCCGCGUGACGUGGACACCUUCUUCAGGGCGUGCCGAGCCGCUAUGAACAACCCAAACCAGGUGCUCGAGCCCAGGUUCCCGGGCAACCUAAACGUCAGUACUGCUAGCACCCUGGCGUUGCUGCUCUACACCAACGCGACCACCGGCUACCGCACCCCUCCAGUCUCUAUCCCAAUGUCCAUGAUUAGCAACACCUUAGCAGCCGUCAUAGCCGAAGAAGGCGGACCUGUCGCAUUUCUGGACAGCUACAGGCGCACGCUGAACCGGGUCCCGCUGCCAUCAGCACCAUCUGCACCCUCAUCGCCGCCGCCGCUUAAUGGCGAUGGCGGCGGAGGAGCAGUCCAGCGUCGCGUGAUCGCAAUAGGAGUGACAUGUAGUGCGGUGGUGUUUGGGGGUGCGGUGGCGGCAGCGGCAGUGGUAGUAUGGCGCUGGAGGCGCCGGAAUAAAGAGCGUGAAGUGUCGGAGGCGCCGCAAGCUGGUCCCGAUACAACACUGCUUGUCACAGACAUCCAGAGCAGUACCAGCCUGUGGGAGCAGCUGGACCCGGAGGUGAUGAACCGCGCGGUGUCCAUACAUCACGCCAUCAUGCGCAAGUGCAUCGCGGAGUGGCGGGGCUACGAGAGCGCCACAGAGGGCGACUCGUUUAUCGUGGCCUUCCACAACCCCACGGAUGCGUUCAUGUGCGCCUUGGAGGCGCAACAGGCCCUCCUUUCGGCUCCCUGGCCCCCGGAGUUGCUACAGCCGCCGUCCUUGGAGCUUGCCGAGGGAGAGGAGAACCCCUUAGCCGCCAUUGCAGUGGCACCCCUAGCACCCGCAUCACGGCGGCGUGCAUCACGCCUUCGUCACCGCGGCCAAAUCGCUCCUACCGCUGCCGCCGCGCCUAUCGACUCGGCUAACAGUCCCGCAUACAAUCCUGCGCGCUGCAGCACAGGCAGCAUCAGCUACCUUGGUCGCGUUGUUUCCGCACGCCGAUUGCUACUGCCAUCGCCUGUUCCUGCCGCCGCCGCAGCAGCUGCUGCUGCAACCGACGUCGCAACGAAAGCUUCGUUUACUUGUGACGACGGAGUUGGCAACGAGAGGCCUGCAGCCAGCACAGAAGCAACGAGGGUGGUGCCAACGGGGUUGUUCCCGCCUUUCGGAGGUCCUUCCUGGCGCCUUCGGCGGGCUUCCGAUUCCUUCGUGGCGGCCAGACGGGACGUGAAAGAAGUACAGUGCGGGCCAGAUGUGGGCGAGAUUGAGGAAGACAGCGGUAGGGUAACCGAGGAUGAUGGGUUGCGAGCGCUGCCCUCACCACCUUGGUUGCCACCCGCAGCCAACAUCCCUCCCCAACGCCUCCUUGGUAUGAUGACGACCAGCCCGUGCUAUGAGCAGCAGCAACCACAACUGAGCCCACAACGUCAAACGCAAAAACGGCCACAAUUGGUACAAGACGAACGAAGACAAAUCCCAACAUUGCGCACGCCUUCAUUUGGAUUGCCUCAACGAUCCGCCUCGUCCGUCACCUCAGCUGUGUCUGCAGUGCUUGGGCUUAAGCGGGGCGGCAGUAGCAAGACCAUCAAUCCUGCGGGACGGCCUAACAUUGCUCGUAACGAGGGUGUCCACAGUGUUGUUUACGGCGGUGGGGCUGCCGAGCAGCCAGGUAGCGGCGACGAUCGAGGCAUCAGCGACUCGCCUCAAGAACGGCUCUAUGGCCGCGUUGCCAGCUGUGGAAGGAGCAGGACGUUGGAAGGCUACCUUCCUUCUAAAUGUCCGGCAACCAGCGACUCAGAGUCGAUGCGCACGGAGGACAAGACCCUAGCUGCCACGAUGCUGGCUUCGAUCCGCGUCAUCCGCGGCAGCCGUGAAGUGCAUCACACCACGAGCGCAGACGAGCCGUCGGUUGGCGAGUCCUUCGAGUUCACUACUGCAGCUGAAGUCACGGCGCUGACCACUACUAUCUCCUCUGAGAGCCAACAGAGGAUUGUCCAGCAAUCAUCUCCACCGCGCCGUCCUCCUUCUGCCGUAUUUAACCCGUCUAAGUCUCCGCUAACACCAUCUCCCUACCUGCCCUUGAGUCCAGAACCCAUACUCCGCGGCCUUCGUGUGCGCAUGGGCAUGUGGACCGGUGUCCCCUCCGCUGCUGAUGUCACCACCAACGCUGCCAGCGGCCGAACCCAGUACUCUGGACAAGCCAUAUGUCGUGCGAAGCUGGUAGCCGACACCGCACAUGGCGGCAUGGUGGUCAUGUCGGAAAGCUCGAGACAGCGCCUUACGGCAGACGUCGUACGUGCCUCCAAGCAUUACAUUGUAUACGGCGGCCUUCAUGCGCUGCCUAGCAAGGGCAGCGGCGGAGAUGCAGCCCUGCAGCUGCACUUGUACACGUGCUACAGUACAGGUCUGCUGCCCAGGGCUGUGGUAAUGCGGCCCUUGAGGACGGAGGGAGUGCUGCGAGAGGGGGCCUUGGCGGCUCCUGUGGGGCAUGGAACGGUAAUCCAGAUGCGCGUCGCGGGCCUCGAAGCCCUGCUAGCCUGGGAUGUAUCCCGGGUUACCCAGGCCUUGGACACCUUGCACGCUGCCGCACUUGACCUUCUGAAACACUACCUCAACUCGGCAACAACGGCAGCAGGUCCCAGCGGCGGGAGCAGUGCCUACAUUGCCAUCGGCGGUGUGACAUUGCUUCCGGUCUCGGCCACUGCAUCAGGGCUGGCGCCGGCAUCAGGGUCGAUGCCCUCAUUUCCUCCGCAGCAGCAGCCUGGGCUCAUGAUGGUGGUGUUCAAGGAUGCACAAGCUGCUGUUGCAUGGGCUGCUGCGGUUCGACAGCGGUCUAGGUGGUUGGAGUGGUCUGAGGAGCUGCUGGGCCAUGAGCUGUGCGAAGAGGUCUGGUUCACAGGUCCAGCCGGCAUGCGGUUGGGAGCUGCAGCCACCGCUGCCCUUUCUGCUUCCGCUACCGCUGAUGGCUACACCAGUGCCGCCGGCGGCGGACAAAGGUCAUCUCUCAUGUCGCGUGCUUCUGCAGCUGCAGCCGCUUUCAGCGCUGCCUUCUCCCUGUCUUCAGCCAUACCCACCAACCCAGCGGCUUCUCCCUCAGUUGCCCCACGGUCCUCAUCUGUCACUGGAUUGACUCCUGUGUCCACCGGCCGUUGCACGACCAACCGUUUCUUAUACUCUGGAGCAAGCCGAGCUCCUCGGCCUCAGUCCACAAGUUACAGCUUUGGCUUCUGGAGCACCAGGAGCUUCCUUGGCAUGCCCGCUGGCGAGGCUGGUGAUGGCGGUAGUCGGAUGUGCAGCGGUGAAGGAAACGAUUUAGGUGUUCCGUGUGAGACGACAGCAGGGCGACAGCUGCCGGCGGUGUUUCCUACAAACGCAACGGACGCACAUGGGGAGAACAUUGCCGGCCUCGACGCCUCACCCGUACCCACCAGCGCCGCUGACGUGGGCACUUCAGCCGCCGUCGGCCGUCGUGGAUACCACCUAUCCCAGAGUGCUGCGGCCAGCAUGCGCAUAAAUAGUUUCCAAGCUCCUAGGCCUCGCUCUUCUCGUUUCUACUUUGGAUGGAGGAGGACUACAAGCUUGCUGUCAACUGGCGAGGCUGACACCGAUGCCGAUCAGCCACGUACUGGCAGAGGAAUUAUGGAGGACAACAGCGAACUUGCCGCAGGAGAGAUUUCAGUGCGUCAGUCGGCAGACAUUCUUAGAAGUUCAGCAGAACUGAAUGAUGAGUACGUCACACUCGAUGCCUCACCUUUCAGCGAAUCGGCAACUGCUGCGUUUGAAGUCGCCGCCGCAAGAACAACAACGACAGAGAGUAGGCAACAAGGCGGCUUCUCCCACGGUGGAGAUCCUGCUCGGCUCGCCGCCGCCACCAGCAGCACCGGUGCCACCGGUACCACAUCCGCUGGCGCCACGGCCACCGCUAACACCGUUACCGCAGCCACCGGUACAACCCCCACGGCCAGCACCAAUGUGCCGUUGUCGGAAUACGCGUCUGCAGUGGCGCCAUCACAGCUCCUGAUAUUCGAGGCCGUAAGCAAGACAUGCGACAUACCGGUCGGCCCUGCAUCAGGGCAUGCACGCUGGUCAUCAAUGCCGGAACCACUUGCAGGGGGGGCGUCAGAAGAGACUUCAAUCACCCCGCCGUCCGCUACCGGGAUGUUUGCUACACCACCAGUGAGAACGUCAGCAGGCGCUGCUGGGGGGCCUACUGCACCUGCGCCUGCUUUUCCCGUCGGUUUUGGCUUGUCCGAUUACCCGUCUACGAAUAGUAGUGCUCCGGCGACGGCGACGCUUCAGCUCCUUCACCGGGGUCUACGGCUGCGUUUUUCGGUUGCAAGCGGGGCACUGGAGGGAGGGCUGGUGGCUGGCGACGUGAACGGGCAGGUGUCGUACAAGGGCAAGGCGGUGGUGCAAGCGGGGAAGCUGCUGAGCAAGGCGCGAGUGGGUCAGAUCUGCGUCACAGCCGAGCUAGCCGGCAGCCUGCCCGCCGCUCUUGCUGAGGAGGUAACCAUUGUCCACAAGCUGUGAAGUGGGCCGGGGGUUGCCUAUGCCUGAGGUACCCUGAAGAGCUCCCGCGCACGCCGUGGGAGGUAACUGUGAUGUGUAUGAAAGGGCUUCAAGGGUUGGGUUGAGGCAGGAACAACGGCGGACAUGUAUGAAGGGGGCGAGGUCAACGAACAGCUAGUUGUGCUCAAAUACAGCACAGCGGUGCGAGCUUAGUGAUGCAGCCUAAUAAAUUAUCAUUGCAUUAAUAAAUUCAUGAAAGGCUUGGGGUAAGAGCACUUAUAUGGCAGUAUGUGUACGAUGAUGUACGGUGAGGACGGUAUGUUCCAAUUGCCCUCCAAUAGCUCAUUAUAACAACGGUACGCGCACUGUUUUUUCACGGAAGAUAAACGAGGGUCCUGCAAAGUACCACUCAGCUAGGAGCUAAAGGAAUUGCUUUGUGACCCAUGGUUCAUGCUGCUGAAGGCCAAUGUUAAUAUAUGCAAAGGCAUGCGACGAUGUUUACAUGUGGUCAGCCAUGCGCGACCAUGCCCAAAUGGUUUGUCACAUGUGCACACUUUACAGGCCUGGGCUGCAAGUAAAGUAGUUACUACGCACUACCGUAAUGGCAUCGGAGUGUGGUUUCAAUGUUCGGCGUAUGUCGUACAUUUCUGCAGGAUGUGCUCCCCUGCAUGCGGGUAAAACUAUCAUUUUCUUAAGCCGUACGGUUGGGCACGACCAUGCGGCGCAUCUGCAUAUCUUUCUUUUAGGAGUCCUAACUUCGUUUGCUAGUCCUAACUCCGUUUUUUCGUCUUGUUAGCUCCGUAUCUGUUGCUCGCAUGUGUUACUUUUAAGCUGCCUGCUGUUGUGCUGCGGUUGUGCAUUGCCAUAUGGGCGGAUGCUGCGUCUGCCUGCGCAGCAAAUAAACUUGUAUCGUGAUCUGGCAGGUGUUUGUGGCAAGUCGUUGGCAAUCGCAGAUUACGGCUUGCUUCGGUUAGUUAGGACUGGCCCCAUGUCCUUGGACGUGUUUAACUGUCUGGAAGGCAGUACUAAGUUAGGACCGCUUACUACUAGACUGUGCGUGAUGUUCGCAAUGCUGCUGUAUGUCUUGUUGGCUAAAGUUUGCUUAAUAAUGUCUGAAGAACAUGUUGCGUUAACAUGCGCAGGCUGCUGAUGGGUUGUGCAUGUGAGUUAUGGGAGGUUUGAUCUGGAGUACGACGCAGUUGUCCACUGCCGUCGUUGGGAAUGAAGUCAGAGUUAUGAUACCGCCCCUGCCGGGACAUGAUCUGUCCCCACAAUGCAAGAUCCAAGCGCCCGUCACCACAACCAGGUUGCUUCCCUAACCAGCCUGGCAAGGUAGUUAUUUGGGUCACAAUACAAGUACAAGUACCAGCAGGCGUACGUUUGUGCAAUUUGCUCCAAGCAAGAGGACAGCACCAAGAGCAACGGUACCGUCAGGGACUCAGGGUUGUACUGAGCAGUGGUAGUUUGAUUGGGGGUUUUUGCAUGCCGGUUAAACCGCUGGGCAAGCUGGUGGUGGGGUGGUCAAGGGUGCAGCAUGGCAAGGCGAAGGUGAGCAGGGUACCGGUGGUAUGCGUGUUUGCAGGUAUGCUAGCAACGGUUGCGGGAAACCAGCGGGGGUUCGUGUACAGCAGUGCUGACCUGGAAAUGCAGGCUCUACUGUGGGUAGUGCCGUAUGUCGUGCCCUGUCGUUGGUAGAAGACACAGCCCUUACCUGGAAGUGCGGACUCUUGGCGGGCCGGUAGGCACGAGGUAGGGCCGUGUGGCGUACGUGGGGGGUGGGGAAGCGUAGAUUUGGAGCCAUUGCACGGAGUUUACAGCAGUUUUGAUAGGUAUGCUUGAUUUGGCCAUCCUCCUAAAGUUAUGGAUGGGCAGGCUGUCAUGGUGGGUGCGGCAGGGUAUGAUGGCGCGGCGAUGGAGCACGGUCAGCAACCAGAGCAACGAUGAGGCGUGUUUGCGGGCCAAGAGACUAGUGUUGGAACGGGGAUGAAUAAUGAUAACCACAAAUUAUAAGAGUGAAACACGGCCGCAACUUAUAUUUAC